AUGCAGCUUAUUAAGAGUCAUCUUGCCCUGGUGGCAAGCUCUGGAUUGGUGCGAGCGGUUGCAGCCACCUCCACCACUUUGACAGCAGCUUAUUCCUCGCCGAUGGUCCCACCCAUCAACUCGCCUACCCCACUGGUUCAAUCCUGUAACAGGAUCAGUGAGAGAUAUGUGGCUCGCGGCACACUGAAAGACAUUCUUGAACUACAGUUUUGCCCUGACAUGGUGAAGCUGCAGCCCCUAGUGCCCGAUAAUGAUGUGAUCAAAUGA